CAUUUUUUUCUCUCUUCUUUUAAUUAUCUGUCUUUCUCUAUUUUAUGUAUAGUUCACCCCUCCCUUCAUCUUUUUUCUCUUAUUUUUUCUUCUCUUACAUUCAACAGUUCACCCCUCCCUUCAUCUUUGGCUCUUACAUUUUUUUUUCUCUCUCUUUUUCAAUUCUCUGUCUUUCUCUAUUUUAUUUUAUGUAUAGUUCACCCCUCCUUCAUCUUUGGCUCUUACAUUUUUUUUCUCUUUUUAUUCUCUGUCUUUCUCUAUUUCAUGUAUAGUUCACCCCUCCUUCAUCUUUGGCUCUUACAUUUUUUCUUCUCUCUUUUAAUUCUCUGUCUUUUCUCUAUUUUAUGUAUAGUUCACCUCCCUUCAUCUUUGGCUCUUACAUUUUUUUCUCUAGUUCUUUUUUGGCUAUUUUAUUAUCUGUCUUUUUUUUUUCUCUAUUUCAUGUGUAUAGUUCACCCUCCCUUCAUCUUUGGCUCUUACAUUUUUUUUCUCUCUUUUAAUUCUCUGUCUUUCUCUAUUUUAUUUCACCCCUCCCUUCAUCUUUGGCUCUUACAUUUUUUUUUCUCUUUUCUUUUAAUUCUCUGUCUUUCUCUAAUUUUGUCUUUCUCUAUGUAUAGUUCACCCCUCCCUUCAUCUUUGGCUCUUACAUUUUUUUUCUCUCUUUUAAUUAUCUUUCACCCUCCCUUCAUCUUUUUUUUCUUUCUUAAUUUUGUCUCUCUUUUAAUUCUCUGUCUUUUUUUCUCUUUUAAUUCUAUUUUAUGUAUAGUUCACCCCUCCCUUCAUUUUUGGCUCUUUAUUUUUUCUUUUUUCUCUCUUUUAAUUCUCUGUCUUUCUCUAUUUUAUGUAUAUUCACCCCUCCUUCAUCUUUGGCUCUUACAUUUUUUUUUUUUCUCUUUUAAUUCUCUGUCUUUCUCUAUUUUAUGUAUAGUUUUCACCCCCUCCCUUCAUCUUUGGCUCUUACAUUUUUUUUUUCUCUCUUUUAAUUCUCUGUCUUUCUCUAUUUCAUUUCACCUCCCUUCAUCUUUUGGCUCUUACAUUUUUUUCUCUCUUUUAAUUCUCUGUCUUUCUCUAUUUCAUGUAUAUUCACCCCUCCUUCAUCUUUUUUUUCUCUUACAUUAUUUUUUUUCUCUCUUUUUUAAUUCUCUGUCUUUCUCUAUUUCAUGUAUAGUUCACCUUUGGCUCCCUCAUCUUUGGCUCUUACAUUAUUUUCUCUCUUUUUUUCUCUUUUUUAAUUCUCUGUCUUUCUCUAUUUCAUGUAUAGUUCACCCCUCCCUUCAUCUUUUUGGCUCUUACAUUUUUUUUUCUUUUAAUUCUCUGUCUUUCUUUAAUUCUCUGUCUUUUUUCUCUUUUAUUUCUGUCUUUUCACCUCCCUUCAUCUUUUGGCUCUUACAUUUUUUUUUUCUCUGUCUUUCUUUAAUUUUUUUUUCUCUCUUUAAUUCUGUCUUUCUCCCUUCAUCUUUUAUUACAUUUUUUUUUUUCUUUUAUCUUUCACCCCUCCCUUCAUUUUUGGCUCUUACAUUAUUUUUCUCUCUUUUAAUUCUCUGUCUUUCUCUAUUUUAUUUCACCCCCCCUUCAUCUUUGGCUCUUACAUUUUUUUCUCUUUUAAUUCUCUGUCUUUCUCUUCUCUGUUUUAUGUAUAGUUCACCCCUCCCUUCAUCUUUGGCUCUUACAUUUUUUUUCUCUUUUAAUUCUCUGUCUUUCUCUAUUUUAUUUCACCCCUCCCUUCAUUUUUUUUAUUUUGGCUCUUUCUCAUUUCAUUUUUCUCUUUUUGGCUUUAAUUUUCUGUCUUUCUCUAUUUUAUGUAUAGUUCACCCUCCCUUCAUCUUUGGCUCUUACAUUAUUUUUCUCUCUUUUAAUUAUCUGUCUUUCUCUAUUUCAUUUUCACCCCUCCCUUCAUCUUUUGGCUCUUACAUUUUUUUCUCUUUUAAUUAUCUGUCUUUCUCUAUUUCAUUUCACCCCUCCCUUCAUCUUUUGGCUCUUACAUUUUUUUUUCUCUCUUUUAAUUCAUCUGUCUUUUUUUUCUCUCUUUAUUUCUGUAUUUCAGUUUCACCUCCCUUCAUUUUUUUUCUCUCUUUAAUUCUCUGUCUUUCUCUAUUUUAUUUCGCCCCUCUCUUCAUCUUUGGCUCUUACAUUUUUUUCUCUCUUUUAAUUCUCUGUCUUUCUCUAUUUCAUUUCACCCCUCCCUUCAUCUUUGGCUCUUACAUUUUUUUUCUCUCUUUUAAUUAUCUGUCUUUCUCUAUUUCAUGUAUAGUUCACCCCUCCCUUCAUCUUUGGCUCUUACAUUAUUUUUCUCUCUUUAAUUCUCUGUUUUUCUAUUUUCAUUUCACCCCUCCCUUCAUUUUUUGGCUCUUACAUUAUUUUUUCUCUUUUAAUUCUCUGUCUUUCUCUAUUUUAUGUAUAGUUCACCCUCCCUUCAUCUUUUGGCUCUUACAUUUUUUUCUCUCUUUUAAAUAUCUGUCUUUCUCUAUUUCAUUUCACCCCUCCCUUCAUUUUUGGCUCUUACAUUAUUUUUCUCUCUUUUUUAAUUCUCUGUCUUUUCUCUAUUUCAUGUAUAGUUCACCCCUCCUUCAUCUUUGGCUCUUACAUUUUUUUCUCUUUUUAAUUAUCUGUCUUUCUUUAUUUCAUUUCACCCCUCCCUUCAUCUUUGGCUCUUACAUUUUUUUUCUCUCUUUUAAUUCUCUGUCUUUCUCUAUUUUAUGUAUAGUUCACCCUCCCUUCAUUCAUUUUUUUUUUUCUCUUUUUAAUUAUCUGUCUUUUUCUAUUUUAUUUUUCUCCUUCUUUUUGGCUCUUAAUUAUCUUUCACCCCUCCCUCCUUCAUCUUUGGCUCUUUUAAUUUUUUUUCUCUCUUUUAAUUCUCUGUCUUUCUCUAUUUUAUGUAUAGUUCACCCCUCCCUUCAUCUUUUUGGCUCUUACAUUUUUUUUUCUCUUUUAAUUAUCUGUCUUUCUCUAUUUCAUGUAUAUUCACCCCUUCCCUUCAUUUUUUUUCUCUCUUUAAUUCUCUGCUCUUUCUUCAUUUUUUUUAUUUUUUUCUCUCUUUUUAAUUAUCUGUCUUUCUCUAUUUCAUGUAUAGUUCACCUCCCUUCAUCUUUUUUCUCUUUCUUACAUUUUUUUUUUUCUCUUUUUAAUUCUCUGUCUUUCUCUAUUUCAUUUCACCCUCCCUCCCUUCAUCUUUUGGCUCUUAUUUCAUUUUUUUUCUCUCUUUUAAUUCUCUGUCUUUCUCUAUUUUAUUUCACCCCCUCCCUUCAUCUUUGGCUCUUACAUUUUUUUUCUCUUUUUAAUUCUCUGUCUUUCUCUAUUUUAUGUAUAGUUCACCCUCCCUUCAUUUUUUGGCUCUUACAUUAUUUUUUCUCUUUUUUAAUUCUCUGUCUUUCUCUAUUUUUUCUCUGUAUAGUUCACCCCUCCCUUCAUUUUUUGGCUCUUACAUUAUUUUUCUCUUUUAAUUAUCUGUCUUUCUCUAUUUUAUUUCUCUGUCUUUCUCUAUUUUAUUUCUCUAUUUUAUGUAUAGUUCACCCUCCCUUCAUUUUUGGCUCUUACAUUAUUUUUCUCUCUUUUAAUUCUCUGUCUUUCUCUAUUUUAUUUCACCCCUCCCUUCAUUUUUUCCCAUUCAUCUUUGGCUCUUACAUUAUUUUUCUCUCUUUUAAUUAUCUGUCUUUCUCUAUUUUAUGUAUAGUUCACCCCUCCCUUCAUCUUUGGCUCUUACAUUUUUUUCUCUCUUUUAAUUCUCUGUCUUUCUCUAUUUUAUGUAUAGUUCACCCCUCCCUUCAUCUUUGGCUCUUACAUUUUUUUUCUCUUUUUAAUUCUCUGUCUUUCUCUAUUUUAUUUCACCCUCCCUUCAUCUUUUGGCUCUUACAUUAUUUUUCUCUUUUAAUUCUUUUAAUUCUCUGUUCUUUCUCUAUUUUAUUUAUAGUUCACCCUCCCUUUCAUCUUUUGGCUCUUACAUUAUUUUUUCUCUUUUAUUCUCUGUCUUUCUCUAUUUUAUUUCACCCCUCCCUUCAUCUUUUGCUCUUACAUUAUUUUUUCUCCUUUUUUAAUUAUCUGUCUUUCUCUAUUUUAUGUAUAGUUGUCUCUUUGAUUCUUGAUAUACUUCUCACUUCUCAUUUUCACUCUCUUUUCCUUUUUUCCUCCCCCCCCGUCCCUCUGCCUCUUUCCUUUGACUUCCAUAUCACGUCUUGUUUGUGA